CUGCUUUACGUAUUCCAUGGGUUACUCUUUUCUGAAUCAACUUCUUGUUUGUCCCUCUCAGUGCUGCGAGAUGACUUUCGACAGAAUCCUGUUGACGUGGUGGUGGCAGCAGGAGAGCCGGCUAUUCUUGAGUGUGUCCCUCCCAGAGGUCAUCCUGAGCCUACCAUCUACUGGAAAAAGGACAAAGUGCGAAUUGACGACAAGGAUGACAGGAUCACUAUUCGAGGAGGGAAGCUUAUGAUCUCCAACACAAGAAAGAGUGACGCUGGCAUGUACAUCUGUGUGGGUACCAACAUGGUCGGUGAACGGGACAGCGAGACAGCACAAGUUACAGUGUUUGAGAGGCCAACCUUCCUGCGGAGGCCCAUCAACCAGGUGGUCUUGGAAGAAGAGAUGGUGGAGUUCCGCUGCCAGGUACAAGGAGACCCCCAACCCAACGUACGCUGGAGGAAAGAUGACACCGAUGUUCCUCGUGGGAGGUAUGAGAUCAAGUAUGACAAGGACGACUACGUGCUGAGGGUGAAGAAGGCUUCCGUUAAUGACGAGGGCUCGUUCACCUGUGUGGCGGAAAACCGUGUGGGCAAGCUGGAGGCCUCCGCCAGUCUCACAGUCAGAGCCGCACCCCAGUUCGUCAUACGUCCCAGGGAUCAAAUCGUGUCACAAGGCCGCACCGCCACCUUCCCGUGUGAAGCAAAGGGGAAUCCACAACCUGCUGUGUUCUGGCAGAAGGAAGGAAGCCAGAAUCUACUCUUUCCGAACCAACCCCAGCAGCCCAGCAGCCGCUUUUCAGUGUCGCCCAGUGGAGAGCUCACCAUCUCAUCCGUGCAGCGGGCAGAUGCAGGUUACUAUAUUUGCCAGGCCCUGACCGUCGCGGGCAGUAUUCUCGCCAAGGCUCAACUGGAGGUCACAGAUGUGUUCACCGACAGACCCCCACCCAUUAUCCGCCAAGGCCCAUCCAAUCAGACACUUGGGGUGGAUAGCGUGGCACUUCUUAAGUGUCAAGCUUCGGGAGACCCCAUCCCUUCCAUCAGCUGGCUGAAGGAUGGGAAUAGUCUGCUGGGAAAGGACUCCCGCAUGUCCCUGCAGGAGCUGGGCAGCCUGCAGAUAAAAAAUAUCAAGCUUUCCGACACUGGAACGUACACAUGUGUGGCUACCAGCUCAAGCGGUGAAACAUCAUGGAGUGCUUUCUUGGACGUCAAAGAAUCAAGUGGAGUGAUAGUAAUGAAAAACCAUGAUGAGAAUGAGCUUCCAGGCCCACCAUCUAAACCUCAAGUCACCGAUGUCACCAAGAACAGCGUUUCCUUGUCCUGGCAGCCUGGAAUGGCAGGAGCAUCUCCGGUGUCUUCCUUCGUCAUUGAAGCGUUCAGUCAGUCAGUGAGCAACAGUUGGCAAACGGUGGCCGAUCAUGUCAAAACCACGCAGUUCACCAUCAAGAGCCUCCGUCCCAACACCAUCUACCUGUUUAUGGUCCGGGCCGUCAAUAACCAGGGCCUGAGCGAUCCGAGCCCCAUGUCUGAUCCCGUCAGAACACAAGACAUAAGCCCUCCAGCUCAGGGUGUUGACCACAGACACGUGCAGAAGGAGCUCGGUGAUGUCAUUAUCCGGCUGCACAACCCGGUUGUCUUGAGUCCCACAACUAUUCAGGUCACAUGGACGGUGGAUCGUCAGUCCCAGUUCAUCCAGGGUUACAGAGUUUUAUACCGGCAGACGUCAGGACUACCUUCACCGGGACUCUGGCAGACCCAGGAUGUGAAGGUUCCCUCUGAGCGCAGUGUCAUCCUUUCAUCACUCAAGAAAGGAAUUGUUUAUGAGAUCAAAGUCCGGCCUUAUUUCAACGAGUUUCAAGGCAUGGACAGUGAAUCUAGGACAGCACGGACUACUGAGGAGGCUCCCAGUGCGCCUCCUCAGCAGGUAACAGUCCUGACCGUGGGAAACCAGAACAGCACUUCCAUUAGCAUCUCCUGGGACCCCCCUCCUCCAGACCACCAGAACGGCAUCAUCCAAGAGUACAAGAUCUGGUGCCUUGGGAACGAGACCCGAUUCCACGUAAAUAAGACGGUGGAUGCGGCCAUACGCUCUGUGGUGGUGGGCGGGCUGCAGGUGGGAGUGGUGUAUCACGUGGAAGUGGCUGCCAGCACCAGCGCAGGUGUCGGUGUGAAGAGUGAGCCUCAGCCGAUUAUCAUUGGUAAGGAAUUCCGGGAUGUGAUAAUACACGGAAACCGGAACAACAGCAUCACAGAGCAGAUUACCGACGUGGUGAAACAGCCUGCGUUCAUUGCCGGAAUCGGAGGAGCCUGUUGGGUCAUCCUCAUGGGCUUCAGCAUCUGGCUCUACUGGAGGAGAAAGAAGAGAAAGGGCCUGAGCAACUACGCAGUUCAGUCCUUCACCUUCACCCCUGCAGUGACGUUCCAGAGAGUUGAUGGUGGUCUCAUGAGCAACGGAAGUCGACCGGGCCUUCUCAACGCCAGUGACCCAGGCUAUCCCUGGUUAGCGGACUCUUGGCCAGCAGGCAGCCUACCGGUCAACAGCAGCUCUGGGGGACCGAAUGACCUGAGUAACUUUGGUCGAGCAGAUCUCCCCACUGGACAGGGGGAUAAAACAGGCACAAUGCUCUCUGAUGGAGCCAUCUACAGUAGUAUAGACUUCACCACCAAAGCCAGCUACAACAGCCCAGGUCAAACAUCCCAGGCCACUCCAUAUGCUACCACUCAGAUUCUGCACUCCAGCAGCAUCCACGAGCUGGCCGUGGACCUGCCCGAGGCCCAGUGGAAGGCCUCUCUUCAGGCCAAGCAGGAAAUGGCCAACCUGGGAUAUUCUCUUCCCGACAAGAAUUCCUGCAACAACACCCUCCUUUUCAUUCCUGACUACCGAUUGGCCGAAGGAUUGUCUAAUAGAUUACCACACAACCAAUCACAAGAUUUCAGCACCACCAGCUCGCACAACAGCUCAGAGCGAAGCGGCAGCCUCUCAGGUGGAAAGGGAGGAAAAAAGAAGAAGACCAAGGCUGGCGCGAAGUCCACCAAAGUCAACGGGUCCAGCUGGGCUAAUGUCCCCCUGCCCCCCCCUCCAGUCCACCCUCUGCCUGGCACUGAGAUGGACCUUUAUCCCAACGAUCACCAUGAUGGAGGAGGGUAUGAGAGUGACAGUUGGGGUCCACCCAUGCCUGUUCAGACAUACCUUCACCAGGGCAUGGAAGAUGAGCUGGAGGAAGAGGAGGAAAGGGUUCCCACCCCGCCCAUCCGAGGGGUGGCCUCCUCCCCGGCCGCUAUGUCCUUCGGGCAGCAGUCCACAGCCACCCUCACACCCUCCCCACGGGACGAGAUGCAGCCCAUGCUGCAGGCACAUUUAGACGAGCUGACCAGAGCAUACCAACUGGACAUGGCUAAACAAACAUGGCACAUGCAGGUAGGCUCCCUUCCUCCCCAGGCUCCGGCUCCUCCAGUGGGCUACGUGUCGAGCACAAUGGUUUCUGACCUGGAGACUGACCUGCCUGAUGAUGAUGAAGAGGAGGAAGACGAGGAGGAAGACGAGGGCUACGGAGCCAGGCAUCCCCGCGGUAUAGAGCACACACCGGGGUCUAGCAUGGACAACCUGGACAGCUCUUUAACAGGAUCCAUGGUCAAUGGGUGGGGCUCAGCCUCGGAGGAUGACCGUAAUUUCUCCAGCCAUAGGUCCAGCCUGGGCAGCUCCUCCGACGGCUCCAUCUUUACCCACUGCAGCUUCGCCCAGGCACUGGUGGCUGCCGCAGACAAGGCAGGCUACCACAUAGAGGGCACUAGCCUCAGCAAGAGAGGUAAAGGCUUGUCCCACAGGCCACGGCCCAGCAGCCCGUUUUCAACAGAUGGCAGCACAGUCGGCACGCACAGCCUGGGCCACCAGAGGGCCGCCAGGCCCACUCGCAAACCCCGAAGUCAGGGCACAACCCCCCACCGGAGAGAUGCUGGUGCAGACGACCUACCUCCUCCCCCUGAGCCUCCUCCCAGUCAGGGUGGGGGCCGUAUCCAGGGGGCCCGCAGUGUGAGCAGCAUGGCACCACCUGCAGAUAGGAAGGCUUCGUCCCUGGAGCGCACCCCUCUGUCUGGGCCCCUGUGCGGGUCGGACGACAUGAAGAGCUCCAUUGACAGACACAUGCGAACUUCCUUAGAACAUCACCGCCAAGCUCAAGACCGGCUGGGCUCCAUGGACCGAGCCGACGACGGACGCAGGGGACACAAAACGGAGGAUGGCUGCCUGCCAUACAGUAAACCAUCAUUCCCAUCCCCUGGAGGCCACAGUUCCUCAGGCACAGCCUCCUCAAAAGGCUCGACCGGCCCACGUAAGACUGAAGGUCCACGGCAGCCACAGCAGUGGACCGCGACAGAGCAUGCCGAAUUCCUGGGGACCAAUGGACAAGGACAGUACACGGGAGACUUAUGUAAAGUGAUCUGCCUGGGUUGUGACCUGGAGUCUGAACCUCCGUUUUGGGUGAUGAACUUUGUCCUUACCCGUUUGUUCUCAGAGGGCAGGUGCACAGCAAAGAGAGCCACAGAGGACAGCCGUGUCACAGAACUGUAAAUGUGAUGUAAAGACACAGACAUACCGUACAUCUCACAACGUUUUUGUCCUUAAAAAAAAUAUUUUCCACCUCCUACCUUACUGUAAUUUUUCUUUUUGUUAGAAAAAUGCAAGGUAAAGAAAAAGAUAAGAAAAAAAAAAACAUCCAUAUGACGAUAACAACCCUUGGGAAAAAGGGAAUUUUAUUUCCUGUAAAUAUUUUCUUUGACUUGCAUUGCUAUGCAAACCUAAUUGAGUUUGAGCUUUGAUUUACACAUACAGGAACCGUUAGGUUUUAUCUGGUAAUUUGUAUUAUAUGUGAAUUGAGUGGCUUUUGCGCCAUAAAGUAAUUGUUUUAUAAUCCAUUAUUGUUGAAAGUUACCAUUAAUUAUUAUUAUUAUCAUUAUUAUUAUUAUUAUUAAUUAUUGUUUUGCACUGCAACUUUUGGUGAUAAGCACAAAAACAUAGCUCCUGCUGACAUGAAGAACCGGAAGAAUAUGUGAAGAGGAGUUUCUGUACUGUAAAGUAAAGAGAAAAUUAUAUACUAAUGUACAGAGAGAUAUUAAAGAGUAACGCUUUGUACACAUACAGCAACAAUAAAGGUGCCCAUUUCCACAGUGGGGACAAAUUUGCGUGGCAGGCACACAUGGUUCCAGAGGGUGUGAGGGCAGAUAUGAGGCCAGCAAAGAUUCUGUGUUACUGUAGAUGACUGAGAUAAUUAUUUAAGUCCUAACUUACAGUCCUAGUAAAAACUCCAGGCACUGUGGAAGGAGCAUGUUUUCCUUAUUUUACACAAUGGUCUCAUAGUAGCUAAUUUUUUUGUUUUUUUUUUCAUUUAGUUUUAAUGUCUAAAUAACUUUACAAAUCUGAGUUUGCGUUCCUAAUUCAGCGGAGCAUCAUUCAAAGCAACACAUUUCAAAUCUUUCUGCAUGUAGAAGAACAUUCAGAGCAUUUAGAGGCAGAUUUAUGAUCCUUCCAAGGCCUUAAUACAUAAAAACACAUACACAAACCAAGGAGUAUUUUUCAUGAUUAGUAAUAAUGAUACUUCUGAACCCACUAAAACAGCAGUGGAGCUGCAUAAAUUGUUUACAUCUUUAAUGUUUUUAUAUGUUAUUUAGUUCCAAAACGUUUUCAAUACUUUUUGCUUUUUAGAGCACUUAUAAAUAUAUGUUUUGUUACUUUAUCUGUGGAACAGGUUUAUGCAAAACAACACGUUAUCCUGCUGGGUCCAGCUCAGUGCUGUUAAAUGAUAUGAUCUAUAAAAGCAGGUCUUGGUAUAAUGGUUGGUGCCUCACCUAUUAAAAUAAGAUUACCACAGUCUUGUGUCAGAAACGUGGAGAAUUGUUGCUCCAUGGCAUAGCUAUGGGUGGGAAAGAUGACAGAGACGGCCUUGUAUAUUAGCUAGUGGGUUCUACUGCCUCCAUGUCUACAGCCACAGUGUGGAGCAGAACACUUCCUAUCUGCCUGACUGCCACAAAACACUCUCAUCAUCUGCCACGUUUGACUCUGAUUUCAAAUUUUUUGUCUUUCCCAACAAGGUUUCUAUUGUUUGUCCUUUUUGGAAAGAAGCUUGUUUCUUUGUAUGCCUUUUAUGGACUCCAAAACGCUGCUUACAACAAUGUUUUCAAUUGUAAUGUUCAGAAUUUUUGUGGUUCUAUGACUGUUUGUUUUUUUUUUUUUUUUUUUUUUUUUUUUUUUUUUUUUUGUACUGCUAAUGUUGAUAAAGAGAGGUGGGAAACUAAAGGCCAUCUGAUGCUGUCGUACUGUUGUUGUCAUGCCAUUGCCUUUUUUUUUUCUUUUUUCUUUUUUACCAUCCACCCAGUGGCCAGUGUUCUGGAAAUGAGGUGCAGAGAGUAUCUCAGGUUAUUUUACAUUCUGGUGGUGUUUAUGUAUGUGUAUAUAUGUGUAUAUAUCCAUAUGCAUCUCCACUUGAUUUCGCCAUUCCAUUUUCAUUGAGGAAAACGUCCCUCUUAUGUUGGAUUCUGUCGUCUCUUCUUUCUUUUUCUGCUGUGAAUUCUGAUUCUGAAUAUAAUGUGCUGAUUCAUCCACCUUAAGUCAAGAUGUCAGUAAAAGAACAUACCAAAUUAAGAUUGAUAUUUCUAAUGUCUAAUGCGUUUUAGUGUCUCUUUAAUACUCAUUUUUUUUCUUUCAAAUCACAGUGUCGUUUUGUAUUUAUUAAAAUGAUAAUAAAGGUAUAUUGUGAAAUAUGCAUAAGGAUUCGUGAGAUAUAAAAUGUGUUUUUUUUGUUUCCUUGUAAAGUUUGGUGUCAGACCCGAGCAGCGAGGCCAUAAGGAGAUGACUGGCACACGAGUGUAGUGCCAGAUCAGUUAUCCCCUGAGUCACUCUUCGUCUUGCAUGUUCACCGCACUGCUCUUCUCAUAUCAAAAACUAAAGAAAAACUUUUCAACACGAGGAGUAAAAACACUCACAAUCUGCUUGUCAAGACAAUAGAGAAAAUGUUUUUUUGGAAGGAUGAAAGUGCUUUCCCUCUUUUGUUCAUUUUCUCAAUAUUGUUAGUUCUUUGUAGCCUAUCUGUGUAUUGCCCUUUUGCUAUAAAAGAGGAUUAAAAGUAACAAAAACAGAAAGUUGUCGGGUGAAGUCUUUUCUGUAUAGUACGAGGUGAAGAAUAAAUGCCAUCUCUUCAAUUCAGUUCAUUCUCUUUAUUUUCUCUGUACACCACCUACUGUAUUCACUUGCAUGUCCUUGUCCAAGAGGAGAGUGGAUCAACAAAAUGACAAUUUACAGUCUCAUUCCCAUGUCCUGUAAGAUAAACCCAUGUUCUUUUUCCCUUGUACCUGGAUCAAUAUCAAAUAAAAUAUUUUUGAAAAAUGCUAA